UGUUGUGAAGCGCUGGUGGGAUGGGUUGGGGCGGGUCCACGAGAGGCGAGUCCCCGCCCCCUAUAUUUAAGCCUUGUCAGUCGUGUUCGCCGCCCGCAGUCAGAUAUAGCACGAGGUUGGGGCUGGAUGCGGAGCUGCGAGUUGGAGGCGGAGCUCAUGGCAGCAGCAGUUACUGGGGAUCCCCGUGCGCCGCUCCUGUGUGUGACAGCCGGGGCCGGAGCGUUCUCCUCCGUGCAGGGAAUCCCGCGUGCAACGCCGUGACCGCCGGCAUCACCUACUCCCCGCAGUGUCUCAUACACUCCCGUGCAACGUGCGCUCUUGUGGACGCUGCUCUCAUUACAGACUGCAGCCCAGUGUGGAUUUGUUCUGUGUAAACUUUCCCCGUGUCCUGUGUGGAUUUACCUGCAGUCACCUCAUUGCACUGACGGUGGACGCACAGCUGGCGCUGCUAAGUUAAUGAGGCAGCAGCAGCCGCCGCCCAGUGAGUGUGACAUGGCUCUCAGCGGGACCCUACUGCCUUCCAUCUCCACCUUUACUGCGGGAACCCCGGGCAAGGAGAAAAUGCUGAGACAGGCAAGUGCUGGCAACAAGUGGAGAGAAGAGCUGUCCCACAUGAAAAGGCAUCCUGCACUUAACCAAUCUCGCCCCUAUGAUGGUUUAGAGGGAGACUCGACAGCUUUGGGGUCUCGCAGGGAGCCGGAAGAAUUUAAUGAACUUCUCGACUUUGAUUUUAUACUAUCCAAUUCUCUUAUUCAUCAGGAGUCUAUGGUUGCUUCUUCCUCCUCCUCGGCCACUGCUUCUUCUCCUCCACCAGCGGCUCCUCUUCCAGACAGCAUGUCUGCACUGUCAUCCUCUGCCAACUGUAAUUUUAUAUAUCAGAUACGCUGCCCCCAGGAAGCAUCUGGUGGCACCACUCUCAUGUACACUCCUAGAGACUCCACCAUAACAACCCCCACUUUUAACCUGGCGGAUAUAAAUGACGUGUCUCCUUCUGGUGGGUUUGUGGCUGAGCUUAUGAGACCAGACUUGGACCCAGUUUAUAUGCAGCAACCGCAAACUAGUCUACAAGGAAAAUUUGUAUUGAAGACUGCUGUGGAAAUGGGUGAUUAUGGCCAGUCCAUCAGUGUUAGAAAGAGUGGUUCUGCCAUGGACACUCCUAUGGUGGUAUAUACUAGCCACCCACUGCCCAGAAUGUGUCAGAAGAUCAAACAGGAACCAUCUGCAUCUUGCUCUGUCUCAUGCCAAAUGGAUGGACAAGGGCAACAGUCACAAGGGCAGCAUGACUUCCAAGUAGGAAGGGUGCUGCCAAGCAGGACUAACCAGCCUUUAACGCCAGAUGAGCUAAUGGUCAGGGAUUGCCAUGCCCCCCCUCAGACAUUAAGCCACCCAUCUCUGCCAAUACCUCCCGGCUACCACACUUCUGCAAGUUUCCCUCACUUCUCACCAGACCAGCCACAACUGCCUCCAACUCCACUUCAGUAUCAAGGUCAGUCUUAUCUAAAUAUUUUUGAAGAACCUUUAAACUUUCAACUCUUGAAACAAGAAGUUAUGCUGACUCCACCCUCUUCACCUCUAGAGCUCUUAACCCCGGGCAGCUGCUUGUCAGAAGAAGCUAAGCCCAAGAGGGGUCGCAAAUCGUGGCCCAGGAAAAGGACAGCUACUCACACAUGUGAGUACGCCGGCUGCGGAAAGACCUAUACCAAGAGUUCACAUUUAAAAGCCCACCUGCGCACGCACACAGGAGAAAAGCCAUACCACUGUGACUGGGAAGGCUGCGGCUGGAAAUUUGCUAGAUCUGAUGAACUGACACGUCACUACCGGAAACAUACAGGUCAUCGACCUUUCCAGUGCCAAAGGUGCGACCGAGCCUUUUCUAGAUCUGACCAUCUCGCUUUGCACAUGAAAAGGCACUUCUGAGUGCAUGAAGGCCUAAAUACUGCCACAAGAGUUUCAGUAUUUAUAUCACCCAUAACAUGGGAAUGGGAGAGAAAAGAACACAAGCACUACAACUUGCAAUGUUUGAGAAGUAAGACUUUGAAACCUGAAACAACUGAAUAACAAUUCUUCACUACAUUAUGGAGAAUAUACUAAUUUAACACAGUCUAGAAGAAAACUGGGUUUUGACUGGAUCUUCGAACAUUCCAUUUUUGGAUAAAACUGGACUUACAUUUUUGGACUAGGUCUUAAGGCUCAGUGACUGGAAAUGGUGAUUGCACUAUUCAGAGGUGUUCAGUUUAGGACCACCUGCUGCUGUCCUAUUUAAUCAUAUUCCACCAGCCAGGUGAUGGAUGGGCUUCAGCCAUAGUCCACUGAGUAAACUCCUCUUGUUACUCAUUGGGACUUGUGUAACAUUUGAGGGAAGGAUGUAUUAUCUUAAUUUGACGUAAAACUCUAAAGUGUGCCUUUUCCCACACAGUGAAAAAGCUAAUUAAAUGCUGGUUGAAGGAAUAAAGUCAUUUUAGCUAAUGGUGCUUACUGGCUGAUACGUCUAAUGGUACCAAAAUUUGAAGCCAAAGUUCUCAAACUGCUGCAUAUUUGACAAGGAAAUCUAUUUUGUCUUCCGAUUUUUAGAAUUGACCAAAGUCAGGUGUGUAAACCUGACUUAUUUUAAUAUAUUUGUAUAUGCAGACAGUGUGUGAUGCGCUGUGGUUUCUGUGUGCAAUAAGUUGUACAAUGGUCUCUUACCACAUAUGCCUUACCCAGAACAAAUGUUUUUUCUAUAUAGGACUUUACAUAGUAAAAUAUGUAAUAUAAACCUAUGACAACUUCUAUUUUGUAUAUUUGUAAUAUUGAAGUAAAUGAAACAUUUUUGGAAUUUGUAUUUUGCUUAUUCAAUAAUUUUAAAUAAACCUAUAUUUUAUUUGGUG